ACUGACGUGGCCGCGGGGAUCAGAGAGAAGCCUGGUUCUAAGGGGUCAGCUUGAGAUCGACUGAGGGAAGCGGGCCCAGACUCUGUGAGGAGGCAAGCAGGCAAAAAACAGAUGGGAGCCCAACAGAAAUCUGCCCUGCCUCUGUUGUCACCCCAGAAAGCAUGAGCAGGACUAGCAGCUGAGGCCCGCUGUGUGAUACCAGACUCAUUGGCCUCAGGGAGAAGAAGGCUUUGGUUUGAGGGGGCUGCAUUCAGGUCAGCAGAGGGAGGGCAAAGGACCUGCCAGGAGUCAGGGACUCAAAGGACACCACUCACCAAAUACACAGGACUGAACCCCUCCCUGCACCUUCUGUCAGUCAUGGGAAGUGCAGGAAAAGGUUCGCAGGCAACAGGCCAGCCGGGAGGUCUGGAGGCCCCAGAGGAGCACUGAAGGAGACCUGCCUGUGGGUCUCAAUUGCCCAGCUCCAGCCCACACUCGCCUGCUGCCCUGACCUGAGUCAUCAUGCUUCUUCGGCAGAAGCGUCAGUCCUGCAAGGCUGAGGAAGGCCGUCAGGCCCAAGGAGAUGCACUGGGGCUUAUGGAUGUGCAGAUUCCCACAACUGAGGAGCAGAAGGCUGCAUCCUCCUCCUCUACUCUGAUCGCGGGAACCCUGGAGGAGGUGCCUGAUUCUGGGUCACUGAGUCCUCCCCAGAGUCCUCGGGGUGCCUCCUCUUCCUUGACUAUCACCAACGACACUCUAUGGAGUCAAUCCAAUGAGGUUUCCAGCAGCAAUGAAGAGGAGGGGCCGAGCACCUCACCAGACCUAACUCACCUGGAGUCCCUUUUCCGGGAAGCACUUGAUGAGAAAGUGGCUGAGUUAGUUCAUUUCCUGCUCCGCAAAUAUCAAAUUAAGGAGCCGGUCACAAAGGCAGAAAUGCUGGAGAGUGUCAUUAAAAAUUACAAGAACCACUUUCCUGAGAUCUUCAGCAAAGCCUCUGAGUGCAUGCAGGUGAUCUUUGGCAUUGACGUGAAGGAAGUGGACCCCGCCGGCCACUGCUACGUCCUUGUCACCUGCCUGGGCCUCUCCUAUGACGGCCUGCUAGGUGAUGAUCAGAGCACGCCCAAGACCGGCCUCCUGAUAAUCGUUCUGAGCAUGAUCUUAAUGAAGGGCAGCUGCGCCCCAGAGGCGGCAAUCUGGGAAGCAUUGAGUGUGAUGGGGCUGUAUGAUGGGAGGGAGCAUGGUGUCUAUUGGGAGCUCAGGAAGCUGCUCACCCAAGAGUGGGUGCAAGAGAACUACCUGGAGUACCGCCAGGUGCCCGGCAGUGAUCCUGUGCGCUAUGAGUUCCUGUGGGGUCCAAGGGCCCUCGCUGAAACCAGCUAUGUGAAAGUCCUGGAGCAUGUGGUCAGGGUCAAUGCAAGAGUUCGCAUUUCAUACCCAUCCCUGCAUGAAGAGGCUUUAGGAGAGGAGAAAGGAGUCUGAGCAGGAGUUGCAGCUAGGGUCAGUGGCGCAGGUUGCUGGAGGGCCUGGGCCAGUGCACUUUCCAGGGCCACAAACAACCCCUUCCCUGUCCUGUUACAUGAGACCUAUUCUUCACUCUGUUUGAAGAGAGCAGUCACCGUUCUCAGUAGUGGGGAGCAUGUUGGGUGUGAGGGAACACAGUGUGGACCGUCUCUCAGUUCCUGUUCCAUUGGAUGAUUUGGAGGUUUAUCUUUGUUUCCUUUUGGAAUUGUUCCAAUGUUCCUUUUAAUGGAUGGUAUAAUGAACUUCAACAUUCAUUUUAUGUAUGACAGUAGACAGACUUACUGCUUUUUAUAUAGUUUAGGAGUAAGCGUCUUGCUUUUCAUUUAUAUUGGGAAACCCAUGUUGUUUAUUGAAUUCAGACACUAUAAGAGCAGAGGAUUAAGGUUUUUUAGAAAUGUGAAACAACAUAGCAGUAAAAUACAUGAGAUAAAGACAUAAAGAAAUUAAACAAUAGUUAAUUCUUGCCUUCUUUGUACCUCUUGGUGUACCCUAUGUAUCUGGAUUUGCUUGGCUUCUUUGAGAAUGAAACUGAAUUAAAUAUGAAUAAAUAA